GUUGUAUAUUGCUGAGUGGUUUUGUUUGGUAGAACAUAGAACAACUCGAUGUUUUGUGUAUUUUAACGUCAAAUGGAAUACUGAUAAAAAUGUGGUUAUGUGAGAGGAGUUUCAGUUCUACCAAUUUGAAGUCUUUGGCAGAUUGAUGUCCUGACAGUUCAUGGCUUUGUCAGGUCAUGGAGGUCUAUUUAAUGCAAGUACUGAGCGAUGCGACACGGCGACUACCAAUGGGAGUGAAGGCAGCGUGACACGUUGCUGAAACAAAUGAUCCAACACUUUGAUUAGUUCUGUAACCCUAGUAACAGAAGCUAGGAACGCCCAUAAGCGACAAGCCAUAAGGGCUCCUAUGUCGUCCGUGUGACUGUAGGGUAAGGAUAGGCCACAUUUUGGACAGCAGUGUGUUCAUAAUGAAGAUAGAAGUGGUCAUUUUCACCUUGAUGCGGUUGGGCAGCAGCAUCUCCUCAGUCAUUUUGAACACCCCCCUCAUCCCACCCCAAACUGUACCUUUGGAGGAUCAGUCCAUGUGACCUGCAAGGGAGAAAGGAGUCCAGCUCCAAGAGAUGAAAUACACAUGUGAGUGAGGUUUGGGAGGUGCCUUUAAUGUGCCAUGGGCUACGACGUCACCAGGUUCCAAGGGGAAGUGGACGAGGACCUGCUGUGUCCCAUCUGCAGUGGAGUUCUAGAAGAGCCUGUGCAGGCCCCUCACUGUGAGCAUGCCUUCUGCAACACCUGCAUCACGCAGUGGUUUUCGCAGCAGCAGAUCUGCCCGGUGGACCGCACCGUGGUCACGCUGGCCCACCUGCGGCCCGUGCCCCGCAUCAUGCGCAACAUGCUCUCCAAGCUGCAGAUAACCUGCGACAACGCGGGAUUCGGCUGCAAGGUUGUGCUGCGCCUCGACCAGCUGCAGUCCCACCUCAAGGACUGUGAGCACAACCCCAAGAGGCCCGUCAUGUGCGAGGAGGGCUGCGGGCUGGAGAUGCCAAAAGAUGAGUUGCCCGACCACAACUGUAUCAAACACCUGCGCACUGUGGUGCAGCAGCAGCAGACGAAGAUCGCAGAGCUGGAGAAGACUGCCGCUGAGCACAAGCACCAGUUGGCCGAGCAGAAACGGGACAUCCAGCUCCUGAAGGCGUACAUGAGGGCCAUACGCAGCGCAAACCCUAACUUGCAGAACCUGGAGGAGACCAUAGAGUACAACGAGAUUCUAGAGUGGGUGAACUCCCUCCAGCCAGCUCGAGUGACGCGCUGGGGGGGCAUGAUCUCGACGCCGGACGCUGUCCUGCAGGCGGUGAUCAAGCGCUCGCUGAUUGACAGUGGCUGCCCGUUGUCCAUCGUCAAUGACCUGAUCGAGAAUGCGCACGAGCGCAACUGGCCACAGGGCCUGGCCACGCUGGAGACACGGCAGAUGAACCGCCGCUACUACGAGAACUACGUGGCCAAGCGCAUCCCGGGCAAGCAGGCGGUGGUGGUGAUGGCCUGCGAGAACCAGCACAUGGGCGAGGACAUGAUCCUGGAGCCCGGGCUCGUCAUGAUCUUCGCACACGGCGUGGAAGAGAUCCUAUAGCCCCGCCACAGGAGGACAGAGGGAAAGGCCACUAACCCCCAGAUCGGUGGACCUGCAAAUGCCAUCACUCCCCACCCCCACCCUGUUCCUGCCCCAUCCUGCCACCCCUCCUCUGACCCAGCUCUCCUCCAAUAGCCUGCUGUGCAAACAAGCCGAUGGGUUAGGGUUCAGUCAUGACUGUCCGAAUGGCAGGGUGGACGGAGAGCAAAGGACAUUAACGUCAUUAACGUUAAACAAAUGUUAAAAUCACGCUGUAGAAAGGAAGGGGGGGAGCGUCGCCACAUUACCAGCACCCAGGUGGUUUUCAGGGAUAAAGUGCAUAUGAGAAGAGCAUCGCUUGCAGUAGAGUCAUGAUUGUAUCCUAUCUUGCCUUCUCACCCCUCUACGGCAACCACAGGGUGUUCCACUUUGCAGACUUGAAAAGGAGGGGAAAAAGCAGAACCUCUACCCUCAUAUGCUUCCAGCUGUUCACAUGCUUCAUAUAAAUUUA